AUGAGAGCCGUGAAGAAAGUUCUCAUUCCGAAGAUCUGCGAUAUACUCAGAGACUUCCUGACCUCGCCCGAAGACGAGGCAUUCAUGCCUCUGCUCCGCCAACUUGUCAAAGCAACGGUUGCAGACACGACUCAAGCCAUAGACGACAAACACCUCGAUCUUCUUAAUCACGUCGUCACACAUUGCACCAGCAGUUCUCCCACCGAUCCUUCAGAGAUCACGAGCAUAACCAGACCUAUCCUGAGGAUACUGAUGAAACACCGUUGCAGAUUGGCAACGGAAACCCAUAGCCGGAUGCAAAGAGACAUCGACAGCAUGGCUAUGAGAAGAGACAUGGAGAGACUGCGUGUCAUAUACGCAGAGAUGUUGUUGUUCGAAGCGCAGGCCGAGGAAGGUCAGAACGAUCAGUAG